ACCCUGUUAUUAAAUACUAAAUUGUAAACACAACACAUGACAUUUGUAUAAACUAGUUUAUUAUUAACUAGUUUCUGGGUUAUUAUUAUUCUUUUAUAAUUAUAAUUAUCAAAAAAAAGGUGAAAAUUACUUUCAAUAAUGGCUGGAGAAGUUAUUGAAGAUGCAUUGCCAUACAUCGAUAUAGGUUAUGAUGAACCAGGAGUUCGAGAAGCAGCCUUGGCUAUGGUAGAAGAGGAAACACGAAGAUACAGACCAACAAAAAAUUAUUUAGAACAUCUUCCGGCUUUGAAUAUGAAUGCAUUUGAAACAGAAGUUAUGAAACAUGAAUUUGAGAGACUACAAAAUUGUUUAACAAUGGAAGUUCUUACAAUGAAACGUUACGAAUUACCUCCACCGGCACCGGGAAAAAUGAAUGAUCUUUCAGCAUGGACUGAAAGUGUUGACAAUAGUUACGCACAACUUCAACAUCAAGCAACAAGAAUUUGCAAUUUAGAACAAAUGAUGGAUUAUGGAUGUGAGGCAUGGAAAUCAUAUUUAGAAGUUUUAGUUCAAUUAUUAAAUGAAUCACAAAAGCAAGUUCAAGGAUUAAAAAAAGAAAUUCAAGAAAUAAAUUGGCAGAGAAAAUCAAUGCAAACACAGGGUGGAGAAAAAUUACGAGCACUUGAAGCACAAUGGGUUGGUUUGGUAUCGAAAAAUUAUGAAAUUGAACAAGCUUGCGUACAUUUGGAGGAGGAAAUAAUUAAAAAUGGACAUCAUUUGGAUUUACCUAAUGUUGAACCUGAUGUUCCUGGUCAAAAUGCAACAGAAAUAAUGGCAAUGGAGAUAAGACAAAAUUCAUAAAUUUCUAAAUUAAUUUAUUUCUAAUUAGUUUAACAACUUUUUUUUUUUUUUUUUUCUUUCGAGAUCUGUUAUUAAAAAACAUCAAUGUUUAUUCGAAAUGUAAAUACGUAAUAUACAAAAUGCAUUUUUAUUUUAAAAAUUGGUUUUUUUUCUUAUAUAAGACAAUAAGCACAACAAUGAAGUUGAAAGAAUGUUUCAAGACUUAUAAACCAAUUUAGUUCAUUUGACUUAACUUCUUUUUAUCAUUUCGUUUGUGUCUAAAUAUACAUAUUUACAAGUAAA